GAGUCCGGGGCGGGCGCGGUGGGUGCCGACGACGGACGGUGCUCGGAGGUGGGGGCCGCGGCGCUGCGGGCCGGCGGGCACGCAGUGGACGCAGCCGUGGCGACGGCGCUCUGCCUGGGCGUGGUGCACCCAAUGUCGAGCGGCAUCGGCGGUGGCGCGUUCAUCGUGGUCUGGGACGCGGCCUCCGGCGAUGCCGCCGCCUACGACGCCCAGACAGCACCGGCCGCGGCCACGCCGACCAUGUACGCCGCCGACCCGAUGUCCAAGUUCAAGGGGGCGCUUGCCAUGGGCGUCCCCGGGGAGCUCGCGGGCCUCCAUGCCGCGUGGUCGAGCUACGGGCGUCUGCCGUGGAAGUCCCUCUUCGUGCCGGCGAUCAAGCUCGCGCGCGACGGCUACACCGUCGUGCCCUAUGUCGCCAACGCGCUCAAGGCAGUGGAGGCCAACGUGCUGGCCGACCCCGGCCUGCGUGCCGUGUUCGCGCCGGAGGGGCAGGUCCUGGUCGCGGGUGCACUCUGCCGCAACCCGGCGCUCGCGGACAUGGACGCCGUGGCGGAGCACGGCAUCUCGGUGCUCUACGGUGGCGCCGUCGGGGAGAGGCUCGUGGAGGACGUGAGGAGAGGUGGAGGGGUGGUGACGAUGGAUGAUCUGAAGGGGUAUAGGGUGGAGGUCAGCGCCGCCUUGCGUGCCGACGCCAUGGGGUUCACCUUCCUUGGCAUGCCGCCGCCGUCCAGCGGCACCGUCGGCAUGGCACUGGUGUUGAACAUCUUGGGUGGUUACAAGUCGGCGGAGUUUCUGAGAGGAUUUCUGGGCGUGCACCGGCUGGUCGAGGCGGUUAAGCACAUGCUGGCCGUCCGGAUGGACCUCGGCGACCCCGGCUUCGUCAACGCCGCUGGGAUCGUCUCGGAGAUGCUGUCGCCGGCAUUCGCUGAUAAGGUCCGGCAAAGGAUCGCCGACAACACCACUUUCCCUCCGGCCUACUACCUCCCAAAGUGGAGCCAGCUGCGCGACAAUGGCACGAGCCACCUGUGCGUGGUGGACGGCGACCGGAAUGCGGUGGCGAUGACGACGACGGUGAACUACUACUUCGGCGCACAGGUCCUCUCGCCGUCCACCGGCAUCGUCCUCAACAACGAGAUGGACGACUUUUCGAUGCCGUCAUCGUACCCGACCCCCGACACCUCCCACCUCCCACCGGCGCCGGCCAACUUCAUCGCGGGGGGAAAGCGGCCGCUCUCAUCGAUGACACCGACGAUCAUCCUCAAGGAUGGGCAGCUGGCUGGCGUGGUGGGCGCAAGCGGCGGCACCAACAUCAUUGCGGCGGUGACACAGGUGUUCCUGAACCACUUCGUCCUGGGGAUGAGCCCUCUGGUUGCCGUGCAGAGCCCAAGGGUGUACCACAGUCUCGUGCCGAAUGUUGUGCGGUACGAGGACGAGACAGUGGUCGAUGGCGAGGUCAUCGAGCUCAAAGCAGAGGCGAGAGAGUUUUUGCGGCGGAGGGGUCAUGUGCUCAAGGGCACUGUGUGGUCAGCCGUGUGCCAGAUGAUAGUGCAAGACUUGCAGGCGCCAGUGUCAAGCGGCAGCGAGAACGUGUUCCACGGGAUGCUGACGGCCGUGAGCGAUCCAAGGAAAGACGGUAGCCCUGCCGGAGUAUGA